AAACACGCCUCUGGUUGUUGACUUGUUUGUUGUAUAGAAGUCCAAGCGAUGACAAUAUUUUCUUCCAUCAACCACAUCUCUUCUACUUUAAGUUGUUUCUUUUUCCUGUAAUCACACAAAUCACUCUGACUCGAGCAAUCUAUGGAGACUCAACUUUCAUGGCGAUUGAGAUUAUCCUUCAAGAACGCUACUAUUUUCAUUACCGUUUUGAAUGUCAUCGCUGCUCUUUUCAUGCUUCACUGCUUUCUGUCUUCUUCUAUCUCUUCGCGUAACAAGCUCUCCUCUGAUCAACUCACUUCAGUUCAGCUCAAGUACAUCAAAGAAUCUGAAGAGAUUCGCCUCGCUAUGCAACCACUGGAGCUUAUAAAAAGAGUGAGGGAAAUUCAGCAAGAAGUAAAUGCAGAACCCGAAAAUGUGCAACAGAAAGAUGCAAAGCAGACAGCAGCAGUUGAUCUUUCGAAAAGGUUAAAGGAUCUACACUCCGCCAAUGAUGCUGCCAACUUAAAAGCUUUAGAAGAAUGGCGGAAACGAAAAAUGGAACGAGCCAGGCAACGUCAACUGGAAAAAAAUGGAACUACCACUUCUCAAGCAUGAGUUACAUUCUAAAAGCCUAGAUUAGUGAUGCUGUUAAAUAUUAUAGCAUCAAACAUUGAGAAGACUUCUUGAGUAAUCUUGAAAGUUCUCAUUUACAUGUAUAUGUAAUGCUUACAAAGGCCCUUUUUGCUUUUUCCUGAAAAUAUAACAGUUAUAAUUUAACUACAGUAAUAAAAACAAAUAUGAGUAAA